AUGGUUGCAUUCACGCCCGAACCUUUGGAUCUUAAAUCCAUCGACACCAUCCGAGCUUUGGCCGCGGAUGUAGUUGCGAAAGCCAACAGCGGCCACCCUGGCGCCCCUAUGGGCCUGGCUGCUGCUGCUCAUGUCCUGUGGUCACGAUUCUUGAAAGCCAAUCCCAAAGAUUCAAAAUGGUUUGCGAGAGACCGAUUCGUUCUUUCUAAUGGUUGCGCCCUACAAUACAUCAUUCUCCACCUUUUGGGCUACAAACUUACUUUGGACGAUUUGAAGGCAUUCCGUCAAGUUGAUUCUAAGACACCAGGUCAUCCGGAAUACCAUCAUACCGAUGGUGUUGAAGUCACUACUGGUCCUCUGGGCCAAGGGUUUUCUAACGCUGUUGGGUUCGCCAUUGCUGAAGCCCAUUUGGCUGCUACGUUCAACAAGGAAGGUUUCAACAUCGUUGACAAUUACACGUAUGUUUUUUUGGGCGAUGGAUGUCUGAUGGAAGGUGUUGCGAGUGAAGCUGCCUCUAUCGCUGGUCAUCAGCGAUUGGGGAAAUUGAUUGCUAUUUACGACGAUAACCAUAUCACUAUCGAUGGAGAUACGAACGUCGCGUUCACCGAGGACGUUCUUAAACGUUUCGAAGCGUACGGUUGGCACGUUGCCGAGGUAAAGAACGGCAACAGCAACUACGAGGGGAUCUACAACGCCAUCAUUGAAGCCCAGAAAGUUAAGGACAAGCCAUCCCUGAUCAAGUUAGAAACCAUCAUAGGGUACGGUUCCAAGCAACAGGGUACUCAUGGUGUUCAUGGUUCUCCUCUUAAGAAGGACGAUAUCGUCCAGUUGAAGCAAGCCAUUGGUUUCCCGCCAGAAGAAUCAUUCUUUGUUCCCAGGGAGGUCUAUGACCUUUACGGAAAGAUUGCGGAGAAGGGUGCUUUUGCGCAGAGCAAAUGGGAGGCCCUCUUUGUUGAAUAUGGGAAGAAAUUCCCGAACGAAUACGCCGAGCUUUCUCGUCGCAUCAAGGGAGAACUCCCGCAAGGUUGGGAGCAAAAACUCCCCGUCUACAAAGUUGGAGAUCCCGCCGUUGCAUCCCGCAAACUUUCCGAGACUGUGCUUACGGCCAUUCAUGGCACUCUCCCUGAGCUUUUUGGUGGCUCGGCGGAUUUGACAGGAUCAAACUUGACACGUGUAAAGAACGACGUGGACUUCCAGCCUCCGAGCAGUGGUCUUGGGAAUCAUGCUGGGAGAUAUUUCCGUUAUGGUGUCCGUGAGCACGGUAUGGGCGCUAUUUUGAACGGGCUUUCGGCCUACGGUGCCAUCCUUCCUUACGGUGGGACUUUCUUUAAUUUCGUGUCGUAUGCUGCGGGAGCGGUUAGGCUUGCCGCUCUCUCGGGGCAUCAGGUCAUCUGGGUCGCGACCCACGACUCGAUCGGUCUCGGCGAAGAUGGUCCCACUCAUCAACCGGUCGAGACUGCCAUCCACUUCCGUGCCACCCCCAACCUUCAAGUCUGGCGCCCUGCAGACGGUAAUGAGACAUCAGCUGCAUAUCUUGUCGCCAUCAAUUCUCGGACUACUCCUUCCAUCCUCUGUCUCUCCCGUCAGAAUCUUCCUCAGCUAGAAGGUUCUACUAUUGCGAAGGCCGCCAAAGGUGGUUAUGUCCUGCAUGAAGUUGAGGGCAAGGAAGACCUUACUAUCGUAUCCACCGGAUCUGAGGUCUCUAUUGUUGUCGAGGCAGCAGGGAAGCUGUCCAGCGAUGGCCUCAAGAUCCGUGUCGUGUCGCUACCAAGUUGGGAGAUCUUCGACGCCCAGUCCCAAGAAUAUCGACUGAGCGUUCUUCGUUCUGGAGCUCCUAUUUUGAGCGUCGAGGCUUACUCGACGAUUGGCUGGGAAAGAUAUAGCCACGAGCAGUUCGGUCUCAAGGGCUGGGGUUCUUCAGGUCCCUACGAUAAGGUUUAUGCCAAGUUUGGCCUCACCGGAUCAAAUAUCGCUGAGCUUGGCAAGAAGACCAUCGAGUUUUACAGGAAGAAAGGCGGCGAGGUUGUCUCGCCACUCAUCAAGGCCUUCUGA